AUGAUGCUGUCGGGUGUGAUCAUCCGGAACUGUUCAUUUAGCUUCAGUAGCGCCUGCGAGACUCGUGCGAUCUUCCGGCGGUCGUCCACACUCAUGGGCGUGGCCGCGUGUUGCUGUCUCUUGGCCGUCAGCACCUCCACGCGUGUCUCCAUGCUGCUGGUCGUGUCGUCCCCUCCGAGCUCGGCCAUGCUUCUAGACACCCAAAUGUACCCAUUGGUGCCGAGAAUCACGUCAAUGCCGAUGCCUGGGAGUGUGGCCAUGUGCUGCUUCAUCCUCUUUACCAAUGGGGCCGCCACGGCCACGAACUGGCCGUUCUCGAGCUUGCCAUGA